CCCCUCUCUCUCUUUCUCUCUCCAGAUUUCUUAUUCAUCGCCUCCUCCGUCUCUCCCAUUCACGAAUCGCCUCUCUUUCUCUUUGAAGGAAGGUUUUUCUCUUUGCGCGUGUCCCGUUCUCUUCUCCAAUCCUUCACGUAAUAUAGAAUCACUAAUUUCUCUUCACCAUUCGCACUCGAAGAUUGCUUCAAUGGAGGUCAAGCUUUGGAACGACAAGCGCGAGAGAGAAAUGUACGACAAUUUUGCAGAGCUCUACGCCAUUAUUAAGGCCACUGAAAAGCUUGAAAAGGCUUACGUCCGUGACAUUAUCCCCUCCUCCGAUUAUGAGACUGAAUGCUUUAAACUCAUCGCACAUUUUAAAACCCUGGCCUCGACGCUCAAAGACACAGUCCCGAGUAUUGAACGAUUUGCAGACACAUACAAAAUGGACUGUCCGGCGGCGAUUAAUCGUCUUGUGAUCUCUGGGGUGCCUGCGACGGUGGAGCACAGGGCAUCUGCCGCUGCCUCCUCCACUACCUCCGCCGCCAUUGUGGCGGAGUGUGUGCAGAACUUUAUUACAGCUAUGGAUUCAUUGAAACUGAAUAUGGUAGCUGUGGAUCAAGUGCACCCCCUGCUCUCGGAUCUCUUUGCUUCACUGAACAAAUUGACCAUUCUGCCGCCGGAUUUUGAAGGGAAAACGAAGAUGAAGGAGUGGCUUGGACGACUUUCGAAAAUGGGCGCGGCGGAUGAGUUAACUGAGCAGCAGGCUCGGCAGCUUCACUUUGAUCUUGAAUCUUCUUAUAAUUCAUUCAUGGCCGCUUUGCCUACUGCUGGUACUUGAAUGUUAAUGGCAAUCUUGUGUGUGUGUAAAUAAAGGCUUAUUGAUUUUGUCGUACUGCAUAAAUUCACUAUCUUCAUGAAUGGAUUGUGCUCCUUUUUCUUUCCUUUCAAUAUGGAUUUCUGUUGAAGGAGUUGAACCCCUCUUUUAUUUAUUUA